AAAUGCAAAAUUUAUUUUCUGGUUGUCCGAAACUUCAAGAAAUUGAUUUAGUUGGAGACAGAAGUGACGAAGGGAAAUUGGACAUUGAUGAUGUUCUUUGUGAAAUUGGAAGCGUCGUUCCAGAAAAUUUGAAAUUUCUCAAUCUGGGAUCAAAGGCAUGGACCUACACAAAAGAUUCGAUCAGUGAAUUUCUUGAUAAAUGUGAAACCAGGCUGAAACGUAAACCAUGUACUUUUAUCAUGGGCAGUCAUUUGUCAAGAAAAGUUGUAGAAAAGCUUAAUCUGUACGAAGAAAAGGGAGUGAUCCAAAUUAUGGUUACUAGAAGUGAACGAGAGAUAUAUUUAUAG